GGAUCGUAACGGGCAGCAACUCUGGCUCUUUGUGUGCUUUUGAAGGCGAGGACCCGGUUAUGAUAGGACAAAUAAAGGGCACACAUUCAAUUGUCUUCUAUGACACCUUCAAAGGACAGAGGACAAGAGUCCGAAUAGAGGACAAUCCUCUUAGUGUUCACUCGCGUCCCAAACACUACCCGAGCGUAACCACCGAUGAGUGCGGGCGGGGAUUGCGGACACGAGUCAGGGAUGACACGUGUUUCACGUUUCACAAACACACUGAUGUAAUGGCCAACAUGCUAAAUGGCCGGGCAAUUGAGAAGGGUGAUAUGCCCUGGAAUGUUUUGGUUAUCCUGUAUUGCGAUGGCGCACGUUUUCUAGGCAGUGGUGUUUUGAUGAAUGCCCAGUGGGUGCUAACGGCCGCCCAUAACAUUUUCUGUGACGAUGGCACAGUCAAUAGAACCAUUUUAAUAUACAUGGGCAUAGUAAGUAUGCCGGAAGCAUUGGUAGCCAGCCCAAUAGAGAGUGACCACAUUCAUCCCGAUUACUUAAAUGCUGAUGAAACUUUGGAAAUAGAUGAUAUUGCUCUAAUCAAACUCGGUCACCCUGUUCAAUUAGACCCUACCGGUGCCAAUACAGGUGUGAAUAGCAUAUGUUUGCCCGACAAAAAUGUGACAAACAGUGCUAAAGAGUAUGCGGUUCUCAACGCAUUUGGCGACCCUAUGGCUACUCCGGAACCCGAAGGAGGCUUUAAUGACACGAAUGACGACUCGUGGGACAGGACUCGACUGCUCGCCGGUUGGAUAGUAAUCAAUGCAGCGGUUAAUGAUGAGGACACUGACUAUUAUGGCCAGUUUAUUAUAGGCGAACAAUAUGGUGGAGCAUUCCUCUGCUCGGGUGAUUCUGGUGGUCCAUUAUACCAAUACGUGAAUGGUGUGGCUGUACUGAUAGGGAUCGUAACGGGCAGUUCAUCCAAUUCAACAGUUUGUAUUUGGGAAAACGAAGAGCCGAUUCCGUAUUAUAUUCAAAUCUUAAUGUUUGGAUCGGCGAUUAUAAUCACCGGUACAGUCGGUAUCAAAAUCAAAAGCUACGACAAAGUGACUACCGAUGGGUGCGGUCUAACCGGUAGACCACAUAUGGAUGACCAGUGUUUCUCGUUUCACAAAACAAUGGCACCGAUAUAUAACGGACGCGCUGUUGAACGCUGGGAAAUGCCAUGGAAUGUGUACAUUGUUGUCGACCAUGAUGACGAUCCUCAGAUGGAAAGCGGUGUUUUGCUAAACCCCCAGUGGGUUAUCACAGCCGGCCAUAACGUACACUGCGCCGACGACUCCCCGAACUGCGAUAUUACAGAUUUCACAGUUAAAACCGCUAUAUCAGGAUCGGUAAUUGCUGGGGCUGAGCACAUAUUUACUCACCCCAAAUAUCAUAACGAAAGCGAUUGGGGCUUUGAUAUAGCAUUGGUUAAACUGAAUACAACCAUAGACUUUGGGCCACCGGACGCCGGGUAUCCCCUGUUUAACAGCAUAUGUCUACCAGAAAAGGAUGCGGUCAACAGUGCCCGAGAGUACGCGAUGGUCAGCGGUUACGGCAAAACCCACGAUACUGAAGCUGGUCAAAACCUAUUGAUGGCCGGUUGGGUAACAAUUAUCACACCAUAUAAUAACGCUACCGAUCAUGAUGGUGAAUCAAUUAUGCUUCACAAGCCGGUCAAACCGUACACCGGCUCCUAUAUCUGUGAUGGUGAUUCCGGUGGUCCGUUGUUUCAAUACGUGAACGGCCGGGCAGUACUGAUUGGUAUAAUCACUGCCUCUAACGCGAGCGGUAGUUGCGGUGAUUACGCGGAAGACCCGCCCAAUUGGUUCGCAAGAGUGUCCACUAAAAUUGAUUGGAUUGUUGAGACAGUUAACAACAAUAGUCCC